CCCCAAGUCUGUCAAUUGGGUAAAAGCUGCGCGCUGUUAGUAGCUUCAGUUCAGCCGCAACUCAGAGUCUAGUUGGAGUACCAUCCCUUGUCCCAGCCAACCAUGGCCAACCCGUUACGCGCCCCCCUGAUCCUGAUGGCGGCCCUGGCCUUGGCUUCGGCCGCGACCCCCAAGCAAAGUCCGCGCCUGUUGGGAGGCCUGCAGGAGGCCAAUGUCAACGAAGAGGGCGUGCAGCGAGCGGUGGACUUCGCCAUCAGCGAGUACAACAAGGGCAGCAACGACGCGUACCACAGCCGCGCCAUGCAGGUGUUGAGAGCCCGUAAG